UUGGCAAGUAUAGAUAUGAAGACCUACCUUGUUGCCAAUACUUCCUACUUGUUCGGGAAUUUUGAGAUUUUAACAAAUUUAAACAAUUUUAUUGUACUAGAUUUACAUUGAAUUUUUGGCCUAAGAAGAAGAGGUAAAUUGAGCAUGAGGGUUUUCUGGCAAAUCCUCAUAAUGCUCUUCAGUCUUCCUAUUACCAUCUUAAUUAGUUAUUAUUAAAGCCUGAUCUUAAUCUGACAGAGAAGCCUCUCUGGAUAAGUGACAGAAUAAACCAUCAUCAAGCUCCUCAACUCAUGUAGUUACAUAGUGAGAAGAACUAUCAGAGACGCUAAAAAUAAAGUCAGAAUAAAGCCUCUGGAGGAUGCCAUCUAAGAAAAAUGAGGGAAUAAUUUUUAGAAUUUUAAAUUCUCUGAGACUGAGCUUUGUGACUUCACCUCAAUUAAGCUUGCUAUGGAAGAUGUCACUUAUGUCCUCCACCUUACCUUUCUAAUGGCUAGCUCAACUGAAGAAUGAAGAAAAUGAGGUAGCUAAACCAGAUAUUGAAGGAAAUAUAAAUGUACUCGAUGCCUGUAUUGGAUACAAUUUUCAAAGAGUGGCAAUUAUAUUUAUGAGCCUAACUAUUUGCUACCACAAGAAAAGAGAAAGAAUCUGCUUACACAAUGGUUUCGUCGAAGAAAACAAAUCGCUUGAUGCUUACUCUAAUAGUAAGAUCAGGGUAGAGCAAGUUACAAUUAAGUUUGUUGAAGAUCUUAAAGAGAAAGUUAACGUAAAUUUUUUAUGUGAUGCUCACCUAUCCUUGUGGCAUUAGUGAUAAUCCACUUGUACCUCAAUUUAAAGAAGAAAGUUUAAAAAUAUUUGUCCUGAUUCUUGAUGGGCAGUUUUCAAGAGUGCCUAAAGCCUACUACCAAAUGGUAGAUGUUCAAGAUACUACCCAAGCCCAUAUCAAUUCUAUUAAAUUUGGAACUCAUCUUAGAAGAUGCCCAUUAGCCAAUGGUACACAUAAAUUCAAAGAUCUUUGUACUUCCAUGAAGGAUAAGUAUAACCCAAUGAGUUAUAAAUCUAGUGACAAGCCACUCUUCAAAACUGAAUCAUUUGUCAGAAGCCUUUACAGCAAAGAUGAGGAAGAUUAUUACUCCCCGUCAGAAAUAAAAUCCGAAUUAAAUGUGAAACAUAUCAAAAUGUCAAACCUUUCGAAGAUUACAUCACUAAAGAAGAAAGGAUUCCUGAUGCAUGUGUUUUCUUGAUAGAUAACCAUUUUGCCAAGAGCCUAUUAAGAAGAAAGGAUUCUUCUGUUAGCUAAGUUCAUAUAAAUUUGUAAUA